ACGGUGACGCUUUGAGAGUGGCACCAGUAGCUUUUGCGUGAAUAAUAUCCUGUGUGUGGGAUCGUUCGCUGGUGUCAGAACGAUAUUAAGGAGGACGCCAGGUGAAUCAAGGACCGCACCAACGCCGCGUCGAUUUGUGCUUGUCUCUAUUCUGUGUUGUGAUACUGGCGUGGAACUAAAAACACAAAUAUGGAACGUGGACGAGGACGUGGCGGACCUCGUGGAGGCCGCAUGGGGGGAGGCCCAAUGAGGGGACCGCCUGGCCGUAUGUGUCCACCUGGCCCCCCUGGCCCGAUGCGCGGUCCAGGCGGACCUGGCGGCCCUCCUGGUCGUAUGGGACCUCCCGGUGGACCUGGCUCAAUACGUGGCGGGCCAGGGGGACCUGGAGGACCCGGUGGGCCCAUGCGAUGCCCAGGGGGCCCCGGUGGUCCCAUGAGAGGACUUCCAGGUGGACCUGGUGGUCCUGGUGGACCUAUGCGUGGCGUUGGAGGCCCUCUCAAGGCGCCAGUUGGACCUAACGGUCACUUGCGCGGACCUGGAGGACCUAUCAGGGGUCCAGGAGGGCCUGGGGGACCUCAACGUGGACCGGGUGACCCGCAGCGUGGACCCGGUGGACCUCAGCGUGGACCCGGUGGACCUCAGCGUGGGCCCGGUGGACCUCAGCGUGGGCCCGGUGGACCUCAGCGAGGACCCGGUGGCCCAAUGCGUGGCCCCGGAGGUCCUCUAAACCUCCAGAGGGGACCGAACGUUGGUAGACGAGGCCCGCCUCAGGGUGGACGAGGCGAUAACCUGGGACCGGCGCAAAAGCGCGGACGUUGGGAGAACAACCAGCAACAACAGCAACAACAACAGCAGCAGGACUACAACGUGGGCGGUCCCCCGCAGGGCCAGAAUAACCACGGUUAUAAUGAUCGACAGAACGGAGGAUAUGGGGGACCUCAGAACAACGGAGGCGGAUACCAGAAUGGUAUGGACAAUUACAACCGAAACCAGGGCGGUUACGGUAACCAGGCUCAGGGUCAGGGCUACAACCAGGGAGGCGGUGGAGGUAGAUACCAGCAAAAUGGGGGCGGAUACGUAAGCAGCGGAGCAGGAGGUGGCUAUGGUGACAACCAAGGUUAUAGCAACAGUGGAGGUGGCAGCGGUUAUGGCCAGAACCAAAGUUAUGGCCCCAAGGACAACUACCGCCAGGGAGGAGGCGGCGGUGGCGCCUACGGCUACAACAACCAGGGCCCUCAGGGCGGAGGAGGGUAUAACUCCUACGAGCAAAGGCCCAUGCAGAAUAGGAAUCAGGGGUACAACAACUACGGUCAAAGGCAGCCCUACUAAGCAUUCUAGCCGUCGUCGGCGUAUAGCUCACAGACCCAUGUUCCCCCCACGUUCCGAGACUUUUCCACCCGUCUGAUCCCCGUUGAAAAAUUAUCCGGGGCGGACCUCGGGAUCGAUCUGAUCUUGGUCUGUGUCUGGGGCAGCGGGUUUCUGACUGAGCCGAACGCUAACCGGCUAGAACUGCCGGAAAAAGCGAUAACGACUGAGCCGCUUACGGCGUACUGCAAAACGUCGCACUACCGGGCGCGUUAUUUCCAUCUACAAAACCGCCCCAAAUAACAAUACCCUGGAAAUUAACCAGUAAACUACUCGCACUUCACAUAAACGACGAUAUUCAACGUCGUCACACUCUUAUAUACGUUUGAUAAAAAUAACAAAUAAUUACAACCAAUAUUAUUAUUAUCAUUAUUAUUUUAUUUUACUAUUAUUUAAAAAACAUGAGAAACAAAUGAAAUAUAGAGACAUUGUCAUCUUCAGUAUGUGACACCGCUUGCCACGUGGCGCAUACUAAAGGAAGAACAAAACACCCAUGUCUUCUUUAAGUACGUUAUAACGAGUUAUUUUUAUUAUUAUUAUUGUUGUCAACGAAAAAGCGCAAAAUGUGUAAUUAUAAUAUGGUGCGUAAAUAUAAUACAUAUACAUUAUGAAUACACAUAGCGUAGUGCUGACGCAUCAAUGAUGUCAAUCGUGUGUCGAUUGCUCGAAACAAAGGUGACACCUAAUUAUUAGCGAAAAAGCAGAGAUGAAAUUAAAAGCUGUUGCCGAAAGGGAGAAAGAUUUAAUUUUUCACGCGAUGUAGCGUGCUAUCUAUCAAUGUGCUUUCUACGCACAGCUAUACCCUCGAAGAACGUCGUGAGUGGGUAAGCUGAUGCGUAUCCGUUGCAAAUCAAGAAGCGUUUAAUUUAAACGGAUCCAAUUUCAACUCAUAUAAAUUAUUAACCGAAAUAAUCAUGUAAGAAGUAAAGAAACGAGUUGACGGAAAGCGUUCUGCGUCAGAUGAACGAGGCGAGCAGUAUAGCGAACGUAUAUAUACAAAUGGAUGAUGAAGAAAAUAUACAUUAUAUUAUCUAUAUAUAAGGAAAAUACCGACACGUAACUAAGUACAUUAAGCAUUAAAAACAAAAUUAUAGGUAAAAAGAAUUCGCACGCAAGACAACUUUCUCAUUUGGAGACAAACUUCGUUGAAGUUCCUUAUAGUCCACUUGUCACAUAUGUUAUAUAUAGAAAUAAAUCAUUCGUUUUGUUGAGAGUCUAGAAUCGUCAAAGCUAUCAGAAUUGCAAAUAGUAACAAUUCAUAACAAUGAAGCAAAAACCAAAUCGCUCAUGUGAGAGAGAUAUUCAAAUAAAGUUGUAAACUGGCCGAUUUCGAAUCCGAGUAUUCGAUGGCAAAAAUUAAAAUUAAUUGAAUUCUUUAUUUGACUUCCCUAGUCAUCAUCUGCUGAUACCAAUUAUUCAGUCUAUUAGUUCAUUUUGACUAGCGAUGGUAGAAAAAAAUGGCCAAAACUGGGUGAGGUAAAUGCAGUUGUCACCAGCAGCCCUUACUACUAGGGUUGUCAGAUACUUGAGUCCAUUAUACACUGGUGGCCUCUUCACGUUACUGGAUUGGCAGAUUCUCUGAUUUUUUUAAAAAUUUUAUUACUAUUACAAAUAAUGCUACACGGUAACCCAGACUUUGGAAGAAGACGAUGCGAAGUCAAUUAAGGGAACACAGUCAGCAACUCUGGAGAAAAUCUUCGACGUAAAAGAACAACGAAACCUCAAUACCAAAAAUGAAACCUCAACAGAUGCGAUAAAAUCUGACUUUGAAUAUGCUAGAAAGGCGAGAAAACUACCAGACAAGAAGCGGGGCUGAUAUGCGGUUGUACGAAAUAUGCUAGUAAAAGAAUCAGUUAGAAAGGACUCAAGCUAAAUGUUUAGAAAGUCGUCCAUUAAAAGUAUGACUAUAAAGCCUUUUAAUGCCGAAGCGAUUAUCCUACUGCUCUCUUGAUAUGCGUGCAAAUAUGACAACUGGGAGUUCAUAGACCUUGUACCAGGAUCACUUUCCGACAGGCCCGUCAAGGAAAAUAAAAAUUUGCAUUUCUUCAUUGUUUUCCGUCCUUAAAUCGGCGAGCCGCUGAAACAAGUUCAGCUGUACACUGUUCGCUUGCCACUCGGGACGAAGAUGAUCAGGUCGAUACUGCCUGGGCACUGCCUAUAGCCGCUUGCAGCGCAACCAAUCCCGUAGGCGGAGAUGAGUACGAUUUGUAUGACUGGUGCAGUAUGCCAAUGUUGUAUUGUGUCAUCCGGCAGGCAAUGCGAACGAUGUUGACAGUGUAAUAGCUCUCUCGCGUCACCGGGGAGCGCUUAAAAGUAACAAGAUCUUAGAAGCAGAAUAGGAGUGCUCCAUCGGGCAUGCAAUAAGGCGUUGAGUGAAGUACUUAUAUGUAAACCUAAUAUAGGUGUCAGCAUACUUGGAGCAGUGUUUCAGAUUACGAGAUCGGGGAUGGAGAUAAUGAUCGGCUGAGUUUUGAUGGAACUGUUUUUUCUACAUUUCUUAUGUGUUCUAAUUUUG